CUUUCUUUCUCAAACUUAUUACAAAUAUGGACGUUUGGAAUAAGCUAUGUAUGCAAGCAUUUGAUGGAGAUCAACAAGCUGAUGAAUUCAUAUUAUUAAUUCAACAAUGUGGAAAGACGAGCUUGGAAGACCUGAGUUUCCAAGUGAAGAUCGAAAGUUGCAAUGAAAAGCAAGAACAACUGCUAUUAUCCCUUGGUUUUACUCCCAUUGAUGAACAAAUUUAUUCAAUCACUGGCGAACAAUGGAAAGCAUUUGGUGAAGCAAAACGAUUACAACGUAAGAAAUGGCAUGAAGCAUUACAAAAACGGCUUGAGCAACAUCUUCGGGAAGCCCUCGACCGAAUUCAACAACCUUUGACUCUGACACAUGUACAACGAUUGGUCCUCGUACGCGAAUUUUCCCGUAACCAUAUCAAGGAUCCUGGGUCAGUUCCUUUCCUACGUGGUUUAGUGGGUUGUUUACGUGCACAAUUGUAUAAACGUAAACUGGUGGAUUGGCAAGUGACAGAAUAUGUGAUGACUCAAAAUGGUGAAGAACCAAUGAUGGAUUAUAUUCGAUUGAUAAGAGGUGUGUUAGGGAUGAAACUGGUAUUCAGAAAGCAUGGCUCUCAAAUUGAUGAUAGUUUGGAACAUUUAGAGAAGAUUCCUAGAAAUGGUAUGGUGACUUUGGAUAUGACAGCUACUUCUCAUUUUGAACCAAGUCAUACAACUGCUCCUGUUAUUACUGCUGCUGCUGCUGCUACAGAUGAUGAUAAUUAUAUGAUCUGGCGAAUGAAUCCUGAUUUAUCCGAUGAACAACUGGCUGAUAUUUUGGAAAGUUUACCUCGACAGCAAUGCAAUCAAAAUUACCCAUUAUCUCAAGUUACCCGUUCUACUUCUGCUCUCUUACCUUCAAGUCCUAUAUUACGAUGGUUAACAAAGGUAAUCCGAAGGUGUUUAUCCAUCUUUAGUAUGUUUUAGUUAGUUUUCUUAUAUCAUAUUAUAUAUAUUGCGUGUGUAUACCUAUAUCCAUCUUUUAAUCAGUUUUCUUAUUAUUAUUAUUAUUAUUUACUAUGAUCAUUAUAUCUAUUGAAAAUAAAUACUAUUUUAUUUUGUUUA